AUGUCCACCGCCGCCGAGGCGCCAUGCUACACCGUCGUCGUCGAGGACGGCUCCGAGACGCCGACGGCUCAGGACCUCCGAAACGGCCUCCAAAAGGGCUCGGACGACGUGAAAUGCGAUACUCUACGCAAGAUCAUCGUGUCCACGAUCAAUGGCAACCCCCAGCCUACGCUACUCAUGCCGAUCAUUCAAUACUGUAUGCCGUCCAAGAGCAAGCAGCUCAAGAAGUUGCUGCACUUCUACUGGGAGGUCUGCCCCAAAUACGACGAGCAAGGGAAGCUCAAGCAGGAGAUGAUUCUCGUCGUUAACGCGAUCCGGAAUGACCUUCAACACCCGAACGAGUACAUCCGGGGCGCGACACUGCGCUUCCUGCAAAAGAUCUCGCGCGACGCCGAGCUGCUGGAACCCUUGAUCCCGAUCGUGCGGUCCUGCCUGGAGCACCGGCACGCGUACGUCCGGAAGAACGCGGUGUUCGCGGUGUACACGAUCUACCGCGAAUACGAGCAUCUCGUCCCCGACGCGCCUGAGCUCAUCCACACCUUCCUCGCCGCAGAGAGCGACGCCACGUGCAAGCGCAAUGCAUUCGUCUUCCUCGCCAACUGCGCCAUGCCCCGUGCGGUCGAGUAUGUGAGCCAGGUCUACGACCAGAUUUCUGGCCUCGACGAGCUGCUCCAAAUGGCGAUCAUCGACGUCGUACGGCUCGACUGUAAGACGGACGAGAAGCACCGCCCGCGCUGGAUCAGGUGUAUCUUUGAGCUGCUCCAAGCACCCAGCCAUGCAGUCCAAUACGAGGCGGCUACGACCUUGACCAGCCUCACGCAGAACGCAGCCGCCGUCAAGGCCGCGGCAUCUACCAUGAUCAACCUUGUCGUGAAAGAGUCUGACAACAACGUCAAGCUCAUCGUUCUCGACCGCCUCGACACCCUCCGCGCCCGCCAUGGUCACCUCUUCGACUCGCUCAUCAUGGACGUGUUGCAGGUUCUCUCUUCCGCCGACAUCGAAGUCCGCCGCAAGGCGAUCGCUAUUGCACUCUCGAUGACUUCAUCUCGCAAUGUCGAGGACGUUGUGCUCUUCCUAAAGAAGCAGCUUCAACGCCCGGCAGAGGGCGAUGGCGCGGCAGAGUACCGCACGCUGCUUAUCCAGAGCAUUCAUGUUUGCGCUGUUCGCUUUUCGGAAGUGGCCGCGGGCGUCGUUGGUGCUCUGCUCGAGUUCCUCGGCGAUGCAUCCAACCCUGCUGCCCUUGACGUUGUCGCCUUCGUUCGUGAGGUCGUCGAGAAAUUCCCAGCACUCCGACCCGAUAUCUGCUCUACGCUCAUCUCAACGCUCGCCGAGGUUCGCUCUGGCAAGGUCGCUCGUGGCGUACUUUGGAUUCUUGGCGAGUACGUCGACGGAGAGGAUGCCGUUUCUGCUGCUUUCGCUGCAUUGCGUCGAUCAAUUGGUGAAGUGCCAAUUCUCGCGAGUGAACAACGCGCGUUGGAGGAGGCUGGCGGCGAUGCGGAGGAUGGAGAGGCUACGAAGGAGGCCGCACCUGCACCCACCGGAGGCAAACCGCGUGUCCUGGCAGACGGAACCUACGCCACAGAGACGGCGUUCUCAUCCGCCCCCGCGGCGCGCCUCGAGACAGUGAAAGCGGCCAACAAGCCCCCUCUCCGUUCUCUCAUCCUCGGUGGUGACUUCUAUACUGGCACAGUCCUUGCGUCCAUGCUCACGAAGCUCGUCCUGCGCUACGCCGGCAUGUCUGGUGCGAAGCAGGAGCAACUAGAGCUGUACCGCGCCGAGGCAAUGUUGAUCAUGGCCAGCAUCGUACGCGUCGGCCAGAGCAAGUUCGUCUCGCAGCCGAUCGACGAGGACAGCUUGGAGCGUAUCAUGGGCUGCGUUCAAACGCUUGGCGAGAUGUCCACCGUGGCCGAGGUCAAGGAAGCCUUCCUAGAAGACACCCGCGCGGCAUAUGGCAAGAUGGUGGCCGCGCAGGAACGUAAGGCCGCGGAGAAGCGCAAAGAGGAGAGUCGCGCAGAAGACGCCGUGCAGGUCGACGAUGUCAUCCAGUUCAGGCAAUUCAGCAAGAAGGGCGUGGACGAUGCCAUUGACUAUGAUGAGGACGUUGGGAGGGCUACGGGCGCCGGAGAGCUGCGCGGGGAGGACUUCAUCUCGAACCUUAGCCGGAUCACGCAGCUGACAGGCUUCUCGGAUCCGAUCUAUGCGGAGGCGUAUGUCAAGGUGCAAGGAUUCGAUAUCUUACUAGACGUAUUGCUGGUCAACCAGACAGGCGACACCCUCCAGAACCUCUGCCUCGACUUUGCCACUCUCGGCGACCUCAAACUCGUCGAGCGCCCGAGCGUCUUCACAGUCGCGCCACACGGCUUCCAAUCCGUCAAGGCGACGAUCAAGGUCUCUUCUACUGAAACUGGCGUCAUCUUCGGCAGCAUCCUCUGGGAGGGCCCCGCGCUGGCCGAGCAGGCCGUCAUCCUCAACGACAUUCAUAUCGACAUCAUGGACUACAUCAAGCCGGCACAUUGCACAGAGCAGCAGUUCCGCGCGAUGUGGACCGAGUUCGAGUGGGAGAACAGGGUCAAUGUUUCCACGACUGUUUCCGACCCCCGCGAAUACCUCAAGCAUAUCAUGUCCUCAACCAACAUGGCCUGCCUCACGCCCGAAGGCGCUAUGUCCGGUGACUGCGACUUCCUGUCGGCGAACCUCUAUGCACGCAGCUUGUUCGGCGAGGACGCGCUCGCGAACUUGAGCAUCGAGCGGACUGAGGCCGGUACGAUCACUGGCCAUGUCAGGAUACGGAGUAAGACGCAGGGCAUUGCGCUUAGCUUGGGAGAUCGGAUUACCAUGGCGCAAAAGGACGGCAAGGCGUAG